UGUACGUACACUGUUUACCGUCGAGUUAUACUUAGGAGUUGUGAAUGAGGAUAUGCAGAAAUAACGCAUUUUCAAAUUAAGUUUGUUUGUGUUAGCACUUGUUUGUUGCGUUUAACAAUGGGAGUCAAGCUCAUAAUUUUGCUGGGCUUGCUAAUUGGUGUUCUAUACUGUAUACAUAUACUUGUAAAGGAUUACCAGGCCAUCACUGCUGCGAGAGUCUUCCGCCUGAUUUUCAAGCGAGAUUUGACUUCACAAAACUCAUAUAAAGCUCAUGUGCGUUGGGGGAAAAUUCUGCAAUACGACACAAUACAAUGCACACGGUACUUGUUCUGUGACCUGGGAGCCAGUGAAAUAAAAACCCAUUUGAGAGAGGAUUUCAUCUACAUGCUUGCACUUGAGCCAAGAGAGGAAGAUGCCUCUGCUUUAGAAGUAUUCAAAAGCGCAUAUAACUAUGGAAAAUCCUCGCGGAAAGAGAUCAACGAGCCUUGUAGAGCAACAUAUUCAGCUUGUCCAUUCAAGAUUAACCAAUUGUACAAAUUCAUUCAAUAUUUACUGAGGAUUAGUUAGAACUUAAAAUUUUUAAAUAAUUUCAGUUUAUUAAAAGUUUAAAAUGUUAUAUAUACGUAUGUAA